AUGACACUGUCCAAUCACCACACACCAUCAAAGCUCGGCGCAGACCGUCCAAUUGACUCUGCUAAACCGCUUAAGUUGAUCUACAUCGGCGCAGGGGUGUCAGGCAUUGUGGCCUCUAUUCUCUUCCGCAAGGCCAUUCCCUCGCUAGACCUAGUCAUCUAUGACAAGAAUCCAGAAAUUGGUGGUACCUGGUAUGAGAAUAAGUACCCCGGCUGCGCUUGCGACAUCCCGUCCCAUGCCUACCAAUUGAGCUUUGAGUCGUCAACGGAUUGGAGCCACUUUUAUGCCGGCGCCUCAGAGAUCCUUGAUUAUUGGAAGAGGGUAGCGGACAAGUAUAAGGUCAGAGACAACGUCCGUCUGAACCACAAGUGCCUUCAGGCUACCUGGGACGAGUCCCGAGCCAAGUGGAAAGUCCGCCUUGAGAGGACUGACGUUGACCCACCCGUCAUUAUUGAGGAUGAGUGUGACGUCUUCGUCACCGGCACCGGACUGUUGAACGAGUGGAAGUGGCCUGCCAUUCCAGGUCUGCACGACUUCAAGGGCACUAUCCUCCAUACAGCCAAUUGGCAGGACAACUUCACUGCCGAUGAUAAGAGAGUCGCUGUUAUUGGAGCCGGAAGCAGCGGCAUCCAAGUUGUCCCCGCCCUAGUCAACAAAGUCAAGGCUAUCGACCACUACGUGCGUGGCAAGACUUGGAUCGCAACCCAAGGUAGCGAGGAUAUGCUCAAGAAGGAGCUUGAAGAGGAGGGCCAGUCCCAGACUUCCAGCAAUGUGGCCUAUGGCAUGGAUCAGAAGAAGAUGUGGAGAAAUGACCCUGAAGCCUAUAUCGCAUACAGGAAACAGCUCGAGUUCCGUCUUCAGGGCAGCCACCAGAUCUCAUACCUAGGCAGCGCUCGUCAUAACCAGGCUCACGCCAGCUACACCGCUUACAUGAGAGAGAAGCUGAAGACCAAACCCGAGCUCUUCGACACGCUGCUACCUGACUUCCCCCCUCUCUGCAAGAGGUUGACGCCUGGGCCGGGAUAUCUGGAAGCCCUUACCCAGCCUCACGUGUCAACUAUCACAUCUCCCAUCUCGUACAUUGACCCUAGCGGAAUUGUCACCCAGGAUGGAACUAGGCGGCCCGUUGAUGCCAUCGUCUGCGCCACUGGAUUUCAGACGGGUCCGGACUCGGGAUUCCCCAUUUACGGUCGAGACGGGGUGAACCUGCGGAGAAAGCAUGGCAUUCACCCAAAGUCCUACCUCGGCCUCGCCACAGACAACUUUCCCAAUUUCUUUCAGUCCCUGGGACCCAACACAUUCCCUGGUACGGGCAACUUGCUCAUCAUGAUCGAGCACGCUCAUCAUUACAUAGCCAAGGUCCUGCAGCGUCUGGCCUAUGGCCAGGUGCGGACAAUUGAGCCUAAGCGCAAGCAGGUCGACAACUUCACCAACUUCUGUAAUCAGUAUUUUGACAGGACUGUGUACACUGAAAAGUGCGAAAGCUGGUACAAGGCUCCGCCUCGGAGCCCUGGCGACAAGGAGCGUAUCACGGCGCUGUGGCCUGGAAGCAGUGUCCAUGCUAUCCGCGCCCUAUCUGAAGUCCGAUGGGAUGACUACGACAUCGAGUACGAGGAUGAUGAUGAUUUUGGGUGGUUUGGCAAUGGUUCCACUCUUGGUGAGACUGAUCCUACUCUGGAUAAGAACCUCGAGGAUCUCACUUGGUAUAUCAACAAGACCGACUUUCUCCAUAACCCUCUUCCUGUUGUUGCAAGGGACAUAAAGUUAUAG